AUCUACCACCCUUCUCAACCAUCAUUACUCACCACUCUAUCAUACGCCAUUAUUCCCUCUAACCUACGCCAAUAUGGAUCUUCUCCUCCUAGAGAAGAGCCUCUUGGGCCUCUUCGUCGCCGUAGUCCUUGCCAUCACCAUCUCUAAAUUGCGCGGCAAGAAGUUCAAACUCCCUCCGGGUCCCAUACCCGUGCCCGUAUUCGGCAACUGGCUCCAAGUCGGUGAUGACUUGAACCACCGCAACUUGACCCAAUUAGCCAAGCGGUUCGGCCAGAUAUUCCUGCUCCGAAUGGGCCAACGCAACCUGGUCGUGGUCUCUUCCCCGGAUCUCGCCAAAGAAGUCCUCCACACCCAGGGGGUCGAGUUCGGGUCCCGAACCCGGAACGUGGUAUUCGAUAUUUUUACGGGUAAGGGUCAGGAUAUGGUGUUCACUGUAUACGGUGAGCACUGGAGGAAGAUGAGGAGGAUCAUGACGGUUCCUUUUUUUACCAACAAGGUGGUGCAGCAGUACAGGUUCGGGUGGGAGGACGAGGCGGGUCGGGUCGUGGAGGAUGUGAAGAAGAACCCGGAAGCGAAGACCAAUGGGAUCGUGCUGAGGAGGCGGUUGCAGCUGAUGAUGUACAAUAACAUGUACAGGAUUAUGUUUGAUUCGAGGUUCGAGAGCGAGGAGGACCCGUUGUUCGUGAAAUUGAAGGCGUUGAAUGGAGAGAGGAGUAGGUUGGCUCAGAGCUUUGAGUAUAACUACGGCGAUUUUAUUCCGAUUUUGAGGCCGUUCUUGAGAGGGUACUUGAAGAUCUGCAAAGAAGUUAAAGAGAGGAGGUUGCAGCUUUUCAAGGACUAUUUUGUCGAUGAAAGGAAGAAGUUAGCAAGCACGAAGAGCAUGGACAACAAUACUCUAAAAUGUGCGAUUGAUCAUAUUUUGGAUGCUCAACAGAAGGGAGAGAUCAACGAGGACAACGUUCUUUACAUCGUCGAGAACAUUAACGUCGCUGCAAUUGAGACAACAUUAUGGUCGAUAGAAUGGGGCAUAGCAGAACUUGUAAACCACCCCCAAAUCCAGAAAAAGCUUCGGCACGAACUUGACACCAUGCUUGGCCCUGGAGUCCAAAUCACCGAGCCAGACACCUACAAACUCCCCUACCUCCAAGCUGUAGUCAAAGAGACCCUCCGCCUCCGGAUGGCAAUUCCCCUCUUAGUCCCCCACAUGAACCUCCACGAUGCAAAGCUCUCUGGCUAUGACAUCCCUGCUGAGAGCAAAAUCUUGGUAAACGCGUGGUGGCUUGCAAACAACCCUGACAACUGGAAGAACCCAGAAGAGUUCAGGCCCGAGAGGUUCUUGGAAGAGGAGGCUAAGGUUGAGGCCAAUGGCAAUGACUUUAGGUACCUUCCGUUUGGUGUCGGAAGGAGGAGUUGCCCUGGAAUUAUCCUUGCUCUGCCAAUUCUCGGCAUCACUUUGGGAAGGUUGGUUCAGAAUUUCGAGCUCUUGCCUCCUCCGGGACAGGCCAAGAUUGAUACUGCUGAGAAGGGGGGACAGUUCAGCUUGCAUAUUUUGAAGCACUCGACCAUCGUUCUGAAACCAAGAUCGUUCUGAUUUUCAUAAAUUUAUGUUUUUGUUUUAUUGUGUUUUGAAAGUGGGGUGGGGGUUGAGAAGGAAUUGGGGAGAUGUUGAUCUGUGUGUGAUUGUAAAUCUCUGUUGAUGUGCAAGGACAAUUCAGAAGUUUGCAAGGAGUAUUUUUCUAUGUCUCUGUAUGUGAUUACCAGUUAAAGAUUGAAUAUAAAAUCAAAACUAGUGAAAAUAUAUUUCCCA